ACAAAGUGAAAGCAAACCUUCCAGGAACUGAAUAUAUUGUAACACACACAGAGACUCAAAACUGCUGCGCUAAUUCAGUCAUCGGAUUCUUUCUUCAACAUUUUGACAAGAUCAGAAAGUGUUUUGCAUCUUAUUUACUGAGUCGAUCACUGAAAAAGCAAGUGUCAGGAUGGUGAACUGCUGUGGUCUCGUGUCUGAGAAAAACCAGCCAGUUCCUCUGAAGAGCGUUUCAGUGGAGCUGCAGGUUAAGGAUCACGUGGUCUCCGUCAGCUCCAGUCUGCAGUAUGUCAAUGAGGAGGAGCGUCCGCUGGAGGCCGUGUUCGUCUUCCCGCUGCCCGCCGAUGCCGCCGUCUGCCACUUCAGUGCCAAGAUCGGAGAGCAGGAGAUUGUGGCGGAGCUGCAGGACAAAGAGAGUGCGCGGGAUCAGUAUGAUGAUGCUGUGAGUUCAGGUCAGCAGGCAUUUCUGCUGGAAGAGAGCAAUGAGAGUUCAGAUGUGUUCAAACUGAGUGUCGGGUGUUUGUCUCCGGGUGAGAAUGCCGUCAUCUCCAUCGUCUAUGUGAUGGAGCUCAGCGUUCAGGCCGACCACGCCCUGCGCUUCUGUCUGCCGGCCGUACUCAACCCCAGAUACACACCCGCAGCUUCAGCGGCUGGUGUUCCAGAAGUUUUCUCAGCAUGUGUUAUUCCGUACACACUGUCUCUGAGUGUCGAAGUGAGAUCUUCAGACCGCAUCUCCAGACUGGAGUCCAGCUGCCCUCUGGAUCCUCUGGUGUUCCUUGACGCACAACACACUCAUGCCACGGUGAAUCUGAGUGCUGGUCACCGGUUCGAUAAGGACGUUGAGCUGCUUCUGUACUACGAGAAUACCCAUCAGCCCACUGCUGUUGUAGAGGCCGGGGCAGGUGCGGCUCAGCCAGGGUCUCUGAUGGGCGACCCGGUGCUCAUGAUCAGUUUGUACCCAGAGUUCCCUGUGGACGUGAUGUCAUCAUUGGCAUCUCGAGGCGAGUUCAUUUUUGUGGUUGACAGAUCCGGCAGUAUGGACUGCAUGAUGCAUCAUGGGAAAGAUGCACAGAUGCGCAUCCAGAGUGCAAGAGACACGUUGCUGCUGCUUCUGAAGAGUCUUCCUAUGGGAUGCUACUUCAACAUCUACGGAUUCGGCUCUCGCUUUGAGUCCUUCUUCCCUCAGAGUGUUGUGUACAGCGAGGACACGAUGGAAGAGGCUCUAAAUAGAGUAAAGAACAUGAAGGCAGACAUGGGCGGCACUGAGAUCCUUCAGCCUCUGAAACACAUCUACAGUCAGCCCUGUUACCCUGAUCACCCCCGACAGCUGUUCAUCUUCACUGAUGGAGAGGUUGGGAACACUAAAGAAGUGCUGGACCUGGUGAAAAGUCACGUUAACUCUCACAGGUGUUUCUCCUUCGGGAUCGGUGAGGGUGCGAGUACGGCUCUCAUCACAGGAAUGGCCAGAGAAGGUUCUGGUCACGCUCAGUUCAUCACAGGCACUGACCGCAUCCAGCCCAAAGUGAUGCAGUCGCUCAGGUUUGCUCUUCAACCGGCCGUGGAUAGUAUCUCUGUGGAUUGGUCUGUUCCUGAGGGCGUUAUGGUGGACAUGCUGUCCCCACCCAUCAAUACACUGUUCCAGGGUCAGAGGGCGCUCAUCUACGCUCAGCUGAAAGGACAGAGUUCAGGAACAGCAGAAGGAGCAGUAACUUUGAAAUACAAGCUGAAAGAUCAACCAGUGACUAACCAGCUCCAGUUUGCUCUUAAACCAACUGAAGACACAGGACGGAUGAUUCACCAGCUGGCGGCCCGGUCUGUGAUUCGUUCUCUGGAGCUGGAAAUGCGGGCUGGGAGAGCAGAAGCGGAGGCCGUCCGGAGCAGGAUCGUGGAGCUCAGUGUUCAGACAGGAGUGAGCAGCGUUCAUACAGCCUUCAUUGGCGUCAAUAAAGACGGCAAACGGACCAUCACAGGGCCGCUGCUGCAGAGUAGAGUGCCAGUACGGAGAAUGGCCCGAAGGUCUGUAGGGGGUGGUGGUGGCAGUGGCGGUACGAGAAUGUGCAGAAUGGCCCGAAUGUCUGUAGGGGGUGGUGGUGGCAGUGGCGGUAUGAGAAUGCACGGAAGGGAAGUUUCCAUGGCUCAUUGUGCAUUGCGUAAAAGUGCGGCUCCCAAGAUGUUUUGUUCUGUUGAGCGUAGUAUUCGGACACCGCCAAAAGACUGCAGAAUGAUGGUUGAAUGUGAUUCUGUGUCACAUCUGGCAGAACCUGAGCCCCAGACGGACCCUUUACUCCAGCUGGUCUCUCUUCAGAAGGCCUCGGGAUGCUGGGAACUGAACGCCUCACUUGCUGCCGUGUUUGGGAAGACAGAGAGUGAGGUGACCAAACACAGACCAGCACAGGUGGACGGGUCAAUGUGGGCCACCGUUCUGGCUCUGAUCUGGUUAUAUGCAUGUAGAUCAGAUGACCAGGUUGAGUGGCAGUUUGUGGCCAUGAAGGCAGUGUCGUGGAUCCGCUCUCAGAAACCGGAGGGCCUGUCUCAGUGUGUGCGCGACGGGAACAUCCUGUUGGGAGGUCAUGUGACUGAAAACAUGUUGGGAAUCUGAAGACUGAAGAAUCUUGUGCUGUCAUAAAUCAAAUAACUCAUUCUUUAUCAUAAACAUCUGUGUUUUUCUGCUAUAAAAAAUAGUAUGUUUUAAAGAAUAAAACUGACAUUUGUAUCAGCGGUAGAGAGACUAUUGGGUCUGUCAUAAAUUCAUGUUAUUACUCUAAAUACAAUUCUAAAUAUAUAAUCAAAAUUUGUGAGUGAUCAUGAAUCCAUUAUUUCGCUGUGUGUUGUUGUGAGCAGACUGUGUCAAUGUGACUUUACCAAACUAUUAAAGUCUUUCUUCACUAGUUAUAAUUAUCUGUCUGAUAUUUAGAAAUGCAUUUAAUGCAUUACAGAUUAAACAUGAAUAUUGUGAGCUUGGGUAAACUUUACUGUCUGCAUCACAGAAAGAGGGUAAUGCGGUCUGUGGCGGUUCUUGUAAAAAGUCUUGUUACCUGUAGCCACAUAUAAGUAAGGGAUGAUAACAGUGUUUCAAGCGACAUAUCGAUUUACCAAUAUUUUCCCCGAUAUUUAAGCAUUUUACCAUAAUCGGAUAUGGUUUACCGAUAAAUGCCGCCAUCUUGUGGGUGUUUUGAGAAUUGCGCACAGGAUCGUCAUUUCAGCGCAUCUUUAAUUAGCUGUAAUUAGUAAACUUAAUUUAACAUAACAGCCAUUAAUGCACAAAUUAGAUGUGUUAAACAUAAAUGCCUGAAAUGUAGCUAGUUUAUGCAGCUUGUCUCUAAUGGAGACAAGCUCACGGAGCCAAGUAAGAUAAUCCGUCAUGUCCUGUCCCAAUAAUGAUGUAACUUUGCAUGAAUACUUUAAAUACAGCCAAGAAUGAGCACAUGUUAGAAAUAAAAGCACUGUAUUUAA